UCGAUCGAUCCAUCGAUGGAGGCCAGGCGACAGCGCCACCGCCGCGUGUCGCCGCCGCUGCUGGUGCUGGUGGCGGUGGUGAUCGCGGCCGGGCGCUGCGGCGCGCAGGUGCCGGUCCCGGCGAGGACGAACGGGUUCGUGUACGGGGGGCAGGCGUGGGCGCCGGCGUGGGGCGAGGCGGUGGUCGUCGAGGCCUUCUUCGACCCGCUCUGCCCCGACAGCCGCGACGCCUGGCCGCCGCUGCGGAGGGCCGCCGACCACUUUGGCGCCCGCCGCGUCGCCGUCGUCAUCCACCUCUUCCCGCUCCCAGCGGCGGUGGUCGCCAAAAUAGCGAACAACCUGGUCACCCCCGUCAUUGGCGAAGCCAAUUUGGCUGCAUAUAGAGCAGGCUUCAACGACUCACGGUCGGAUCAGGCCGCAAGGAUUUCCUUCAAGUUUGGUUGUGCACGAGGUGUCACGGGGACACCUUACUACUUUGUUAAUGGCAUACCACUUGGUGACCUUGAUUUUCCUCUGGACUAUGACAAGUGGGUAUCCACACUUGAUCCAUUGGUUGGCAAGAUGUAG